AUGGACAGGGUCCAGCUACUGCUGCUGGGGCUUCCCCUCUACCUCCUCUUCUCCGAUGUGGUCAAUCUCUUCACCCCUCCUGCCCAGCCUCCUCCGCCGCCGCACCGGCACCGCCAGCGCAAUAAUUAUCCCGAUCCCCGCCCCCAUCAACCCCCAGUGAUACAGACGCCGGAUAUCUCCGCCUCGCGGGUAGAAUCUGCUCAUAUCGUCGCUGUUGCCGUGUUAAUUCGCUCUUGUUGGAAUCUCUGGGAGUCUAUUCCGAUGCUUAUUUUUUAAACCCUCGUUUUUUUCUUCACGUCGGUAUGUUUCUCGGAACCUGCAGAGUCGAGGAGUGGGUUAUGGCACCACUGUGGAGCUCAACUUCUGCACCUCAUGCUCUUACAGGUUAUCGCCAUUUGUGUCUCUAGUUUCCUUCUAUGAUCGUCCCGUUGUCCUGUGGUCAGCUCGAUGGGAUAUUCUGCUGUCACCCACACGGACCAUUACAGAUUUUCUGUUCCUAUGUAUUCCGAAGAACGCAUUUCUUUCUAUAUAAGUUCCACUUAUGUGAGCAUGCUAAUUGAAGUGACAUCCAUUCCCAAUUCCUGUACUAUAUGACCUUUCGUUGAAGACGAUUUCUUAAGUUUCGGAAAUUUUCUUUUUCCAGGGGCAAUGCGUUGACCAUGAAGAAAAUGCUUGAAACUUCAUUUCCUGGGAUUGACGUUGUUCUGUCGAAUUAUCCUCCACCCCUUCCAAAACGUGUCCUCAGCAAAUUGGUACCGGUUGCUCAAUUUGGAGUUUUUGGUAUCAUGAUGGGAGGUGACCAGAUCUUGCCGAGACUGGGAUACAACCCAUUACCCCCUUGGUACCUCUCUUUGCGUGCUAAUAAAUUUGGGACUAUCGCAUCUACCUGGCUUCUUGGCAACUUUGUGCAAAACUUUUUGCAAAGCACUGGUGCCUUUGAAGUUUAUUGCAACGGUUACAUGGUAAGAAAGCAGCCAAUCAUAUACAUAAUUCCCUUUUGCGUUUUAAUUUGAUGAGGUUUCAUCUUCCUUGGGCCUAGAACUGGAAUUUUACAACACACAAUCGACAGGAAAAUAGAAAUCUUUUGACUAUGGCAUUAUUUUUUAAUGCAUUAAUGUGCUGUUAUGAUUACGAUUUUAUUGGUUUGUUAAAUUACUGCAAUUGAUUUUUUUUAAUUAUUAUCGUUAUGAUAAUGCUUGAAAUCCGAUAACCACUGCAUCAGAUAUCUUUUCAUCAUCUAUUGGUGAAUUUUUAAACUUCAAAAAGAUUUUACUUCCAAACACAAAGCAAUUCUUUCCCCAAUACUGAUACUGACACAAGUGUGGCUAAUACUAGCAUAGAAAAACUGGCUUUAGUAAACUAUCUUUUGAAUAACUCAAGAAAACACGGAAAAAAUUAAUAAUCAAUCGAUUUAAGUUUGAAUUGUGACGAACCAAUAUACCCAGGAAUUAAGAUAGCUUGCCCAGUGGACCAUUGGUUCUUGACGUGUUGUACUUUUGACUUAUGCUGGCUGACUUAGGUUUUGGACUUUUGAUUCCAAAUUUGUCGGAAUCAUCCAAUAUGUGGAGUAAAGGCUGCCAAUUUGAUCCACAUGUGAGGCCUUUUUGAAUGAAUCAGUCCAGCGUUUUCUUAUCCGCUUCGUUUGCAUGGCUCCCUCCUACAAUCACUGGACUGCUAUGCCCAAAUCCCUACUCAGGAUAUCCCAGCAGUGUUUGUAAACAGCAUAAGAAGUCAUUAAGGAUUUCUACUUUUGUUCCCUUGUUAGGAACUAUACAGAUGACCUUAUCUUUUAUUCUGAUGUUAGAGAGUACAUAGUUCCCAUUUAGUUCAAUACGUGCUCAAGUUAUUUGGACAUCCGAGUGAAAAUCGAUUAAAUAUGAGAUUAGUCAAAUAUUCCCAUUUAGUGGUCUUUAGGAUGUAAACUAUAUAAAUGGGGUGUGGGUAGCCUAAGAGAAAUAAUCAACCGUGAGUUCCUGUUAAUGUUAUUUGAACAAUCCUGGCAAUGAAUGAAUUGAACCCAUCUGUAGAAUUGUAGUUUUUCUUUUACUAAUAAAUACCUGACUAUACUGACAGAAAAAAUAAAAUCAUGAUAAUCAUGCAGCAUAAGACCACUGAGAAAUUCCUCAUAAUUCCUCAUUCUGGUGAUUGCUUUGCUACCUUGAAUCUUCUCGUCUUCAUUUCUUCCGUUCCUUACUAAGGGCCAGUGGUACUGCCCCUUCAACAGCUCUUGGUGGAGAAACUUGACCUUCCUCAUGAAUCUUCCGAUAGCUUUUUCUCAGAGCUUCCAGCAGACUCUCAUUCUACAAUUACAAAAACAUCUUCGAAAUUACCCUUUUCUUUGAAACUGGGAGAUCUCAAUUGGCAUCCUCCAACUUUGAGGCAUAGUCACAACCACUGGAUGAGGCAUUGACCAGAAAUCCGGUUCCUGUUGACAACCAGAAUUGAGUGACACAUUGUUGUCCACUUCUUCGUUUUCUGGUUUAAUUAUUGGGUCGGGCCUUUUAUCAUUGUGUGUCGCGCCUCCUCCUCAGAAGGAAAAUCACCGGAAUAAUGUCUCUCUUCUAUGGUUUCUUAUGGAAAGUGUCUCUUGGCUGAGAAUCUGUCGCUGGGUUGCUCACUGAUGUUCAUCACUACGUUUUAUUGAAGCUUCUUCCCCAACGAAUAAAAAGAAUAUCCAUCCUACUGUGGCGCUUCCUGGAUUGAAUAAAAAUUAUCAAAACUGAGAUGAUGCCUGCCAUUUGUGUCUUUUAAACGAUUAACUGUUGGUUAUGUCUCUGUGCCAUUUGUUCCGAAGCAUGGGUUUAAUCCUUACAAACCCCGUCUCUUUCAUGCGCGUAGGUUUUCUCCAAGCUGAAGGAGCAGAGGUUCCCCAGUGAGAUCGAGCUGAGAAAUCUCAUUCAAGAGCACACAAAUCCAAGAUUCGUGGAAGAUGGGAAGAUCUGGUCUGAGUAG